CCCAAGGCAAAAGAAGUUGCAAGGGGCAGAUAUCAUGGCAGCCAGUGUGAAGACAAGUAAGUCAACACAAAACCAUGUUAUCUUCAAGAAGAUCUCCAGGGACAAAUCGGUAACCAUCUACCUGGGGAAGAGAGACUAUAUAGACCAUGUUGACCAAGUAGAACCUGUGGAUGGUGUCGUACUGGUUGACCCUGAGCUUGUGAAGGGAAGGAAAGUUUACGUCUCUCUGACCUGCGCCUUCCGCUACGGCCAGGAAGACAUCGAUGUGAUCGGCCUGACCUUCCGCCGGGACCUGUAUUUCUCCCGGGUGCAGGUGUACCCACCUGUGGGGGCUGCGGGCACCCCCACAAAACUGCAGGAGAGUCUGCUCAAGAAGCUGGGGAGCAACACCUACCCCUUUCUGCUCAUGUUUCCUGACUAUUUGCCCUGUUCAGUGAUGUUGCAGCCAGCUCCGCAAGACGUGGGGAAGUGCUGUGGGGUCGACUUUGAGGUCAAAGCCUUUGCCACAGACAGCACCGAUGGUGAAGAGGACAAAAUUUCCAAAAAGAGCUCCGUGCGCCUCCUGAUCCGCAAAGUGCAGCACGCACCGCCCCAGAUGGGCCCCCAGCCCCGAGCCGAGGCCGCCUGGCAGUUCUUCAUGUCCGACAAGCCCCUGCACCUGGCCGUCUCCCUCACCAAAGAGAUAUAUUUCCAUGGGGAACCGAUUCCUGUUACCGUGACCGUGACCAACGACACGGAGAAAACAGUGAAGAGGAUUAAAGCCUUAGUGGAACAGGUGGCCAACGUGGUUCUCUACUCGAGCGAUUAUUAUGUCAAGCCGGUGGCCAUGGCAGAAACACAGGAAAAAGUGCCACCAAACAGCACUUUGACGAAGACACUGACACUGGUGCCCUUGCUGGUGAACAAUCGAGAGAGACGGGGCAUUGCCCUGGAUGGGAAGAUCAAGCAUGAGGACACCAACCUCGCGUCCAGCACCAUCAUUAAGGAAGGCAUAGACCGGACCGUCCUGGGAAUCCUGGUAUCUUACCAGGUCAAGGUGAAGCUCACGGUGUCCGGCUUUCUGGGAGAGCUCACCUCCAGUGAAGUGGCCACCGAGGUGCCAUUCCGCCUCAUGCACCCCCAGCCUGAGGACCCAGCCACAGCAAAGGAAAGUUUUCAGGAUGAAAAUUUAGUUUUUGAGGAGUUUGCGCGCCAAAAUCUGAUAGAUGCCGCAGAAGCCGAGGAAGGGAAGAACGAGAAAGAGGAGGCCGUCAACGACGAGUGAAGGUGGUGGCCCAGGACACCAGGAUGUGACCUGUAGUUAGCUGUGCAACGAGCAAAGCCCUAAGU